AUGAGCGAAGGCAUAGAAAAAACUUUUAUUUUCAAGCAGCUGUUUGACAGUGACAGUUGCACUUACACUUACUUACUGGGCGAUGCCGGCAAGAGAGAGUGCAUACUUAUCGAUCCAGUGCUGGAACAGGCGAAACGGGACCUCCAAUUGACGAAAGAUUUGAAUUUGAAUUUGAUUUACGCCGUGAAUACCCAUAUGCACGCCGAUCAUAUAACUGGAUCAGGAUACUUGAAAUGUUUGUCGCCGGGAUGUAAAAGCGUCAUUUCGAGGAACAGCGGAGCGCAGGCCGACGUAUACAUUGACGAGGGCGAUUUUAUUGCAUUCGGGGAUCAUAAACUGAAAGUUCUCAACACUCCCGGACACACGAAUGGCUGUUGUUCGUUUUACAGCGAGGAACAGGGAAUCGCAUUCACGGGAGACGCUCUGUUGAUCCGCGGCUGCGGCAGGACGGAUUUCCAAGAGGGCGAUCCUGCGGCGCUCUACCGCAGCGUCCACGAGAAGAUAUUCACCUUGCCGGACUCGACGAUUUUGUACCCGGCUCACGAUUAUAGCGGGCAAACGUCCACUUCGGUGGAAGAGGAAAAGCGCCUCAAUCCGAGGCUGACGAAGAGCUUCGAGGAGUUCGUGCACGUUAUGCAGAAUUUGAAGUUGGAUUACCCUAGAUACAUCGACAAAGCUAUACCGGCGAACAAAGUUUGCGGUUUGUUCGACCUCCCUAAAGAAUCGAGAGAAGAGAAAAUUGUUAACGCCGAUACUGACGCCGUGGGAAAUCUUAGGUGUACUACGGACCAAGGCGUCGCGACGAACGCAACGUCGGCGCCUUGUGUGCAGCGUUGCCAAGCGACCGGCAAUCGAUUCGCCGAUGUGACUACUGUGCCCCUUCGAAAUGGGCCGGUCUUGGCCGAAGAGAUCCUGCGAAAUUGCUCGGUGCGUUUAUGAAUUUAUUCGAUUACAUUGCCGCUGCUAAUUGGAGUAAUUGGAAUUGGUGAAGUUGAAUUGUACAGGAAAUAAAUGAAAUUGCGAAAAUGUCGGGACAGUUCGAGUUGGUAAUUAAUGGGAAUUCGAAUGAAAAAAUCUCUCGGCGAAGUCGUCGCUGAAACGGCUUAAGAGCGAAGUAAGUGUCUGCGAAUAUUUCAUAGUUGAUGCACUCGCGGGAAAAUCGCUGAAAAAUGAAAACGUCGGAUAUAUACUUGAAGAAAAAUUGCGGAUAGCGCUCUUCCCGGUGAUAUAUGCGACCGUUAAGUUCCCAGUCAAGAAAGAAUGCUUACAUUGAUCCAGCCGUGUCGGCGGGUCCGACCCUCCUGCUUCGGCAUUCCCUGCUUUUUUCGGCAGACCAUUCGGAAAGGACUUAGUCACUUU